AUGAGCACUAAAAUAUCAAAUUCUUCCCUCAUCGGGCUUUUAGUCCAGUUGCAAAUAUGUUUUGCCGAGUGCGGAAGCAGCCCGACGACUGGAGGCUGUUUAGCACCGACCGCGUCGCCCACUUACAGCUCCUUCACAUACGAGCAGGAGAGUGCCGAUCGCUACGCUAUCCCUCUGACAUCACCCCUGUCACUACCAACCUUUGCACCAGCAUUUGAUGCAGUCUCGACCUUGUUGCCGACAUCUGUCGUUUACACAACGUAUAGUCUGAAUCGCUCCGCCACCGCCGUCGACGAUGGCCUGUAUGGGCAGAGUGCCUACGCCGCCCUAUGGGUCAGUCUCACAUAUUCGCAAGAGCCCCCUUUCACCACAACGGCUUCACCAACCCCGGUUGCCACAAGCGAGCUCCUCUUUCCCCCGCCACUGCCGGCGCGUCCCCUUAAUGAAGACAAGUCCCUAAGGUUUCCCUGCGACUUCAUCUGGGGGGCUGCCGCUAGUGCUUGGCAGAUUGAAGGUGGCUUGCAAGCCGAAGGCAGAGGCCCUGCAGUCUUUGAUGCGAUUGGGUCCGUGGGCACCGUGGGCAUGAACGAUUCCAACGUAGCUGAUAUGAGCUACUUCCUGUACAAGCAGGAUAUAGCGAGGCUCGCUGCUUUGGGGAUACCUAAUUACUCAUUCUCGAUCUCAUGGUCCCGUGUGGUGCCUUUUGGAACCGCCGGUUCUCCAGUCAACACUCAAGCUCUGGAGCACUACGAGGACGUCAUCAAGACCUGCUACGAGUACGGUGUCACUCCCAUCGCGACACUUAUGCAUAUUGAUAGCCCAUUCGGGAUUUUCGACGAUAUGGAUGCUUUCCCAGAGCACUUCCUCCAUUAUGCCAAAGAAGUCAUGACUCGGUUCGCAGAUAGAAUACCUAUCUGGUUCACUAUUAAUGAACCUAACAUUGCGGUUCCGUAUGUCUCAAGAAACUAUAACAUCUUUACGGCUCAGUUGAAGGCACACGCUGAGGUCUACCAUUGGUACAAAGAAGUGCUGAACGGAACGGGACGGAUUGCCACGAAGUUUGCGAACAACCUUGCAGUCCCGCUGGAUCCGACCAACCAAUCGCAUAUUGAUGCAUCGAUCAGGUAUCAGGAGUUUACUCUUGGAAUCAUGGCUAACCCGUUGUUCCUCGGACAGCAAAUACCAAAAGCUGCACUGCAAACCCCGGGGCUUAAUCUGACUGCAUUGACCGAUGAAGAAAUCAAGUUCAUCAAUGGUUCCGCAGAUUUUUGGGCUUUCGACCCUUACGUGGCACAAUUCGCUUAUCCGCCCGAAGAAGGGUACGGUGCAUGUAUAUCCAACUCUUCCAAUCCGCUUUGGCCCGUCUGCGUUGGCACUGGAAACACGCAGUCCAAUGGCUGGCUCAUGGGGGCUAUAUCAGACACGUAUUCCAUGAUUGCCCCACAGUACGUCCGCCAGCAGCUUGGCUACGUUUGGAACGUCUACAAGCCCUCGGGGAUCAUGGUAACAGAAUUCGGGUUCCCCCAGAUCGCCGACUCGGAGCAGGAACUUCGCGUCCAGCAGUUCGACUUUGAGCGCUCAAUGUACUACCAGAACUUCCUGACGGAGACGCUACACGCAGUACACUCGGAUGGCGUCAAUGUCAUCGGUGCGCUCGCCUGGAGCUGGAUCGACAAUAAUGAGUUCGGCAAUUUUGGCCACCAGUAUGGCAUGCAAACAGUCAAUCGGACGGACGGGUUGUUUACGCGCCAUUACAAGAGAAGUAUUUUCGACUAUGUUGAUUUCUUCCACAAUUAUAUAGCAUCUUAA